CAUUAACGAAAGUAAUCCAAACAUAAUUCCAGUUUUUCUUGCCAACCAAAAGUAAGACUGACCAUCCAUUUACCUGUCAAGUUCUGACAGGAGAGAAGCAUUCGUGUACAUCAAGGGAGGAAGUAAGGAAGUACCUUGGGGGUUGUACCUUUGGCAUGGUGAAAUAACUGAAUUUAAAUCUACUUAUUUCUGUGUGAUAUGAGUAUAACUUGUGCUGAACUGGUUCAGAUUGACGCAAAGAAUUCUUCUAGAGUUCCGGAGAAUAUAGUUCUAGACAAACAAGAUGCCGACCCAGAGAAGUGUGGCGAGAUUAUUGUCCACUACCCCGGGACGUUCAUAUUCGUUUGCUACUUUUGCCCGGAAGAGUUCAAUUCUAUGCAGUCGUUUGGCAUACAUUGGAAGGAAACACAUUCUAAACUCCUGGAAAGGCCAGACGAAACAGAGAUUAACCGAGAUAGGCGUAGCUCCGAACCGAUAAAAGUUGAAGUUGAUUUUUUCGAUGUUGGUUGCUGCGAUUCUGAGGAUUCUCAACGCUCACCGAAGGAUAUAGAAGCAAAUGUUGUCGACGCAGUACCUUCAACUACUGAGGCUGAUGAAGGAGAUAGACUGGAAAGUGAAGGUUCAAACAACUUCUGUAAACCUUGCAAUAAGAAUUUCAGCUCCCGAAUUAGUUACAAUAAUCAUAUUCGAGUUCAUCAUGAAAUUCCUGAUGAUAUGAAGUGCAAACUUUGCGAUCAAAUAAGCUCAAGCAGAUCAGAGUACAUCCAGCAUAGGAGCUCACAUAAGGGGCAGAAAAAGUACACUUGUCCCCAUUGUCCGACCACGUUCAUCUCAGCUAAGGGUCGACAAGCUCAUCUUCGUUUGCAUGCAGGAGAGGCACCCCACCAAUGUCCCUACUGCCCAAAGACAUUUAGGUCCAAAUAUACCCUGCAGAACCACAUUCGCGUUCAUUUGGACCAAAAACAACAUUGUUGCGACUUUUGCGGUAAAGGCUACGUCCGAAGAUCCGAUCUUACAACCCAUCUACGAUCACAUACUGGCGAGAGACCAUAUCAGUGUGAAGAGUGUGGUAAAAGUUACAUGUUCAAAAGUAAAUUGAAUGAACACUUGAAGCGACAUUCAGGCAUUCGAGAUUUCAAAUGUGACGUUUGUGGUAAAUCCUUUUUUUCCAAAUAUAUUUUACAACAACAUGAAGUCGAACACUCUGACGCACGUCCUUUUGUAUGUAAGAUUUGUGGGAAGUCCUUUCCGCGAUCAAAAGCUUUACUUAUUCAUAUGAAACUCCACUCAGAAGUGAAGGAGUACGUUUGCAACAUAUGUGGGAAGGCGUUUGCUCAGAACUCAGGAUUGCAUGGUCAUAGGAAAAUGCAUGGGAAAAGUCUGGUGUAGGGCGAUUUUUUGAUAUUGAACUGAAAUUUUAUAUUUUAUUAAGCGUUCUGUUAAUUUUUAGUUAAUUUUAUUUCUUAUGUUCUUUGAUUUUCAAAAUUCU